AUGAUGGAUACGAAAAAGAUAUUUUAAUAUCGCAAUUAAAAUCAGAAAUUUUUGAAAGAAAAUAAAAUGAAAGAUAAUUUUAAGAAAUAAUUUAAUUAAAUAAAAACUUAGAAUCUCAAUAUUAAAACUUAAAAGAGGAAAGGUUUAGAAUGGAAAAUGAACUAAAAUAAAAAAAUCUUGAACAAUUAAAAUAAAUAUCUUAGCUAAAAACAAAAAAUGAUAACUUAGAAACCUAACUUACAGAAAAAAAGAUAGAAAUCUAAGAAUUAAGAGCUGAAAAUAUCGCUUAAAAGGAAAUAUGUGAUCAUAGAUAUAUGGAAAAUUAAAGACUAAAGCAAGAAAAGAUGCAUUUGGAAGAAAUAAUAAAUAGAUUAUAAAAUGAAUAGAACAAUUAAAAGUCAGAAAUUGAAUUUGCUAAAGAAAAAUAGCGAAAAAUGCUAAAUGAUAUUGAAUAUGUUACAAACAAUAACGAAAGUUUAAUACAGAAAAACCAAGAAUAAGAAAAAUAUAUAAGAUAAAUAGAAUAUGAGAAGAAUUAACAAGAAAAAAAUGCGAACUAAUAAAAUAAUAAAGUAUAAAUUUUGGAAAUGGAAAUAUUAAAUAAAAAUGAAAGUUUAAAAAAUUAAUAAAACCAGAUUUUAGAAAUAAAAUAAAUCAAUAUUAAUUUAUAAUAAGAAUGUCAAGAUUUAGAAAAAUAAAGAGAUAAAUAUAAAUAAGAAACUAUAAAUAAUAAUAAUUAAUUAAGAGAAGAAAUUAGUAAAAAUUUUAACUUAAAUAAUUAACUUAUGGCUUUAGACUAAUAAUUUAGAAAUAAAAGUCUUUUUGUAGAAGAUCUUAAAAAUAAAAUGGAUGAACUUAAAAAGGAUGUAUAAGAAACUUUCGAAUAAAACGAUUAUUUAGCAAAUGAAGUUGAAAUUCUUAAAAGAAAUAAUGAUUAAUUAAAGUUUUAGAAUGAAGAAGUUUUAUUUUAUUUUUAAUUUUAAAUUUAUAUUUUUUUAGUUAGUUAGAUAAUUAGUACUCUUUAAUGAAUAAGAUGAAGAAAUAGUAAAAAUGCUUGAUAGAAAAUAAUAAGUAAAAGAACUAAAAAAUAAAGUCGAAAACUUUAUUUUAUAAACUUAAGGAGAUAUUACUAAAUAAUAAUAAUAAUAUAGUUAUAUUUAAACUAAUAUUAAAUAGAAAAACUUAUAAGAUCUAUGA